AUGGAGCCGCUGGGCAAUGAUAGGCCUGAUGGUUCCUCUAUAAAACCUGUGUCCUCCCUCCUCGCGCGGUUCGAGAAUCUAAGUCAAUCUGCUCCUCUCGUCCCUCCUCAAAAUGCGCCUUCGAGGUCCAUUUCUCCAGCCCCCAAGCCUGAUAGAUUACGAGCUUUGAAAUUAUCGCAAGAUCCUCCUCCCUCUACCAGUCCAGCGUCAGCGCUCGCAACUCCUCUUGCAGCAGCUCCCCCAAAGACAUCGGUUAAAUCUCCUACGAGACCAAUACAGCUCCACGCAACAGAACCAAACAGUCUCCCUGACGGAGCCCCUGCGCUAGCACAUACAUCUACGCGGCCACUGGUGGCCGGCACCAAGUCACCAGCUUUGACAAUGCCUCCGCCGCCAGCUCUCAAAGUCCUGCCACCUCAAUCUCCGCCCAAGCCUCAAUCUCCGGCUGUUGUGUCUGCCGAUCAAUCGCCAUUUUUAGAUCCGACGACUGCUACAUCGCAAGAGCUCCCAGGCGCUUCGCCAAUACCCAUCAAGCUACCCAGUCGGCCCAUCACUCCGAUUCACCCUCUCUCUGCUCCUCGUUCGCCUCGCUUGACUUCAACACAGCCUCCAUCACCACCUCCUCCAAGACGGUCUGUCGAAAUAAGGCGGGAACCGAGGCAACCUCCGCCGCCGCCAGCUCCCCGUCUCGACAAGUCCAGAAAAACGACUCCGGUUUCAUCGAGUCUUUCGGAUGCGCGCAAGAUCAGCACGUCCAGUAAAGGCAACACUGUCGACGAGACGUCUCCCUUCAACAGCCCACCAGCCGGUCCGGAAAAGACUUUCGACGGAGACGAGAGUCCGCCUGAGCUACCCAUGCGACCAAGAACAGAAGCGAACAUGGACCUUGUCUCCAGACCUAAGCCUGCUGUAGGUGCAGGUUUUGAGCCGCCACCGGUACAUCACUCUAUAGCAGUCAGGAGAACAGAACGUGACCCGGUAGUGAAUGGGACUACUAAGCCAUAUCUCAUAUCGCAACACCCUACAGAUGAUCGAUUCGUCCACUCACCCAAACGAUCGACUAGCGAUCUGACGACGAUGACAUACGGCGCCAACAGCUACAGCUUAGACAAACCGCCUCCGAAACCACCUAGGCCAGCUCAACAGCGAACUUCUACCACGCAGGAUAUCUUAUCCAGCUCUGCACCAUCCGGACGGUCUCAUCAGCAGCAGAAGCAGCCGCAGCCGCAAUUGACCACUCGCCAGUUUCCCGCGCCGCCCACCGGGACUCAUGUGGCUGUAAAGACGGUUGACCGGUCCGCAGAUAGGGAGGUGCCCGACCCGCGAGCGCUCAUGCUGCCUCCACCAUCAAUAUCGGCCAAUCGCCCAACGCCCCGUAGUAUUUCGCCUGAGCCUGCAGCAAGUACAGAGCCGGCUGCACAUGUGACGGUGUUUCCGGACUGCGCAAAUGUAAAUCGAAAACCGCCACAUGCCAAAAAGGGCUGCCAUGAGAUCCAGACCAAAUAUGAUCCAAGAAUUUUUGAUGUCUGUGGCGACCUGGCCUGUACCAGUGGCCAAUUGACGAGAGUUUGGAAUAUCCGAGAUGGAGAGCAGAUUAUGAGUCUUGCUCACACCGAAGGAGUCAGGGCAACUGCAGUUCUGUUUAAGCCAGCCGCGGACCCAGACCACGAGGGAGCCUUCAUAUGGAUAGGUACCAAUAUGGGCGAGCUCAUGGAGGUUGAGGUGGCCACGCAACGGAUUACUGAAGUAAGGGCGGGUGUGCAUGGUAAGGCGGAGAUUACGAAAAUAUACCGACACUACAACCAAUUAUGGUCACUAGAUGAAGGGGGCACACUCAAUCUUUGGCCUGGUGACAGUGAUGGGGUUCCGAACCUCAAAAGCCAUCCUGUUACUCAGCCAAGCAGGCUUCCAAAAGGUGCCACCUUCUCUAUGGUGGUUGGUAGCGAACUAUGGCAUGCAACUGGUAAAGCGAUUCGGGUAUUUGAGCCUUCAACUGACGGGUCCAGACCCUUCCAGGUGUUGGUUCGACCUUUGACUGCUGACGGUUGUGGCGAUGUUAGUGCCGGGACCAUACUCAGUUCAACGCCCGGCAAGGUGUACUUUGGCCAUAUGGACGGAAAAGUGAGUAUUUUUUCAUCGUCGGACUACACUUGUCAAAUGAUCUUGAAUGUCAGUUCCUGGAAGAUUAAUGGACUUGCCGGUGUUGGACACAAUCUUUGGGCAGCCUACAACACGGGCAAGAUUUGUGUAUACGAUACUACCCAGCAACCCUGGACUCUGAAGAAGGAGUGGCAGGCGCACGAUCAAUCAGUCUUGAAGAUGAAGAUGGACCCAUCGAGUGCCUACCGUAUAGAUCAGCUGCAGGUUGCAUCUCUUGGCACUGAUAGCAAAGUUAGGUUGUGGGACGGUAUGCUGCAGGACACUUGGCUGGAAGAUGAUCUCAAGUCUAAAGAUAUCGACUAUUGUGAGUUUGAAGAAAUCAAAGCCAUGGUCUUCACAUGGAACGCUGGAGCAUCAACUCCCCAUAGCCUCCGAUAUUCGAAAGGCGACGGCGACUCUACCUUCUUCCAGGAUCUGCUGCGGUCAAGCGGGUCCCCCGAUAUUCUUAUUUUUGGCUUCCAAGAGCUAGUCGAUUUGGAAGACAAGACAGCUACAGCCAAGCGGCUUCUCAAAUCCAAGAAGAAGGAAGGGACUGAGCAAGAACGCAUGAGUCAUCAAUAUCGUGACUGGAGAGACUUUUUACUCAAGACAUUGGACGACUACAUGCCUGGCGAUCACUUGUACCACCUUCUCCAAUCAUCGCCUUUGGUGGGGUUAUUUACUUGCGUGUUUGUAAAAUCGACUAUUAGGGACAGGAUCCGAGACCUCAACGCAGCAGAGGUCAAGCGAGGCAUGGGGGGCCUACACGGAAACAAAGGAGCCAUUGCGAUCCGAUUUCGAGUGGAUGAUACUUCGCUCUGUUUCAUCAACUGCCAUCUGGCAGCUGGACAAUCGCAAGCAAACUCGCGUCACAACGAUAUUGCUGCGAUUCUGGAUGCGAGUUUAUUUCCGACCGAGUUGGAUCCAGAAACGCGACUGGACACAUUCACCGGCGGGGGUGAUGGGUCCAUGAUUCUUGACCAUGAGCUUUGCAUUCUAAAUGGUGACCUGAACUACCGUAUUGAUACAAUGUCUCGUGAUACCGUGGUUAAGGCGGUUCAGCAACAGCAGCUCGCCAAGUUGCUUGACCGUGACCAGCUCCUGGUGGCACGACGCCGCAACGCUGCCUUCCGUCUGCGUGCGUUUGAAGAGCUUCCCAUAACAUUUGCGCCGACCUACAAGUAUGAUGUCGGCACGGAUACGUAUGACACCAGUGAGAAGAGACGAAGUCCCGCCUGGUGCGACCGUUUGCUCUUCCGGGGACAGGGACGGGUACGUCAACUGGAUUACAAGAGACACGAAGUGCGAGCCAGCGAUCAUCGACCUGUUACGGGAAGUUUCCGCCUCUGGGUGAAGAAGGUUGAUGCCGCAGGGAGGGCCAGGGCUUGGAUGGAAAGUCAGGGACGGUUUGAGAGUGUGCGAGCACAGGUCAUGGCCAAUGAGAAGUGA